AAACCGAAUUAUAAUUUGGUUCGGUUUUUCACACAAAACUGAUUUUGUGAAGCUACUUGUAUUUUCUCACUUUUAAAUUAUUUUUCAUCAUAAUAUAAACAAUAAAUAUGCAAUUAUAUGCAUCAUCAAUGAUAAAAACAAACUUUUCAACACAUAAAUCAUAAAACAUUUCAAAUAUUUAAGUCUAAAAACAACUACAAACAUAAAAAUCCACCAUUUGGAUCUUGUAAUUAUAGUAUUUUGGUUUUUCGGUUGGAAAUCGAUUCGGUUGAAAGUACCUUGAUUUCCGAACUAUCAAUAUUUUCCUUCCGAAUAUCGAACCGACUAGCAUUAAUUCGAUUUGGUUCGGUUUAAUUCGAUUUCGAUUUGGGUUUACCGAACCGUUUGCCCAUCCCUACUAUCAAACAUCUAAUUGAGGAGCAGCCCGCCUUGAAGGUUAAACCAUCAUCGCCGACAUUUCUAGUCGUUAUGGUUAUAUCAUUAACUACAAGAAGGCGUGGCAUGGAAAACAGAAAGCAAUGGCCGCCGUGUUUGGUGACUGGGAAGAAUCGUAUGCAUUCCUUCCCAGAUUGAUUUUGGCUAUGGAGGUGUUUAACCCUGGCACCAUUUUCUCUCCCCGCUACCAAGAUGAAGAAAUUCAGCCGCCGGUGCCUAGUAACAAGCGUCCAUUCAAGCGUCUUUUCUGGCCAUUCAAGCCAUGUAUUGAUGGUUUUCCAUUCCGUGUUCCUGUGAUUCAAGUUGAUGGAACAUUCCUUACCAGCAAGUACAAGGGUGUUCUACUGAUCGCCAGCGGAGCAUAUGCAAAUAGAGCAGUAUAUCCAUUAGCUUUUGCCAUUAUUGAGGGAGAGAAUACCGAUAGCUAUGGAUGGUUCUUCAGACAAAUUCAACUCCAUGUCACCAGGCAGACGAACCUAACCAUCAUCUCUGAUCGCCACGCCGGUAUAAGGGCUGCCAUCUUAGGCUUGGAUCCAUCCUAGAAGUGGUCACAGAGAUGGUGCAUACGACAUUUCAAGAGCAACUGGAACCAUAAUUUCAAGCGAAAGAAGCUUGCUGAUAGUCUAUGGUGGAUCGAUAAGAGUUCUAUUUUAUUGGUCUCUAUCUUUUGUUAACUAGAAAAAUGAGGACUAAAUCAAUACAAUACAA